AUGGCAUUUAGCGGAUAUAUACCAACAUUCAAGGAACGACACUCGUUUGCAGCACGUGCAAAAGAUGCAGCAGAAGCACGACAACAGCAACCGAAUAAGAUUCCUGUUGUGAUCGAGAGAUUUGAAGGAGAGAAGUACUUGCCAUUGUUGGAUCGGUGCAAAUUUCUUGUGCCAGAUCAUAUAACAGUUGCCGGAUUGAUGCAAAUUGUGCGAAGGCGACUACAGCUUCAUCCGGAUCAAACUUUCUUCCUCCUGGUCAAUGAGAAAUCGAUGGUUUCAAACAGUAUGAAUAUGCAUCAACUCUACCAGCAGGAAGCAGACCAGGAUGGCUUUCUAUACAUGGUUUACACCAGCCAACCAGCGUUUGGUAGCAUCAAAUGA